AUGCCUGCAGAAAGAGAGGAUGAGAUUUGUCGUAAGGCACUGGAACUACUCUCCGAACUGUGCUCCAAGGGAGAGGUGCAAAACGACAACUGCCUUGAUUUUAUUUACUACUUCAGAGACCUGGCCAGACCACGUUACACAGACUCAGAUGUAUCGGUGAGCCUGUUGUCCCUGCUGGUUACCACCUGUGGCCUGGCUCUUUUCAGUGUCUCCCUCUUUGUCUCAUGGAAGCUGUGCUGGGUACCAUGGAGUGGACGAUUCCUCCCCGAUGCCCUCAAGGGGUCGCAUUUCCUGGGAGACCAACAGCCUGUACUGGCAGAGGUGGAUGGGGAGGACAGGGAGUACAGUGAGGAUGGUUGUGUUAAAGAGCCCACAGCGCCUCCUUCUGCUGUGGCCAUCCCAGAGUCGGCUAUGAAGAUCAGCCACACGUCCCCUGACAUCCCCCUUGAGACUCAGGGCAAGUUGGAGAAAAACCGGCUCCACACUUUAGCCAGAGACAGGGUCCAGAGGCAAAUAACUGAGCCCACCUCAUCUGUCCGCCACAACUCAAUCCGUCGUCAGAUGAACCUGUCCAACCCAGACUUCAACCCUGCUCAGUUCCAGCGGCAGGAGUCCCUGUCUGGUCUGGGCCAGAUCAAACCUGAACUUUACAAGCAGCGUUCAAUAGAUGCAGAAGACGGGCGCCAUGCGGACAGCUGCGGCCGUCUCCUCUUCAUCCUGAAGUUUGAUUGUGACUUGGAGCAGCUGAUUGUGAAGAUCCACAAGGCCCAGGACCUUCCUGCCAAGGACUUCUCAGGGACCUCUGAUCCUUACGUCAAGAUCUACCUGCUGCCUGACCGCAAGACCAAACACCAGACCAAGGUGCACCGCAAGACACUCAACCCAGUGUUUGAUGAGGUGUUUCUCUUUCCUGUGGCCUACACAGAGCUUCCCAACCGUAAGCUGCAUUUCAGCGUGUACGACUUUGACAGGUUCUCCCGCCAUGAUCUGAUAGGCCAGGUGGUGGUGGACAACUUCCUGGAUCUGGUGGACUUCCCGCGGGAGACAAAACUGUGCCGGGACAUACUGUAUGUCACCUCGGACAAUGUUGAUCUUGGAGAGCUGAUGUUCUCAUUGUGUUAUCUCCCCACGGCUGGCAGACUCACCAUUACCAUGAUCAAAGCCAGGAAUCUCAAAGCCAUGGAUAUCACUGGCGCUUCAGAUCCAUAUGUUAAAGUGUCGCUGAUGUGUGAUGGGCGGAGGCUAAAGAAGAGGAAGACAUCGACCAAGCGUAACACUCUGAACCCUGUCUACAAUGAAGCCAUAGUGUUUGACGUUCCACCUGAGAACAUUGAUCAAAUCAGCCUGUUUAUAGCUGUCAUGGACUAUGAUCGGGUAGGCCACAAUGAAGUGAUUGGUGUGUGCAGGGUGGGCAACGAUGCUGAAAGUUUGGGUCGAGACCACUGGAAUGAGAUGCUGACCUACCCCCGCAAGCCCAUCGCUCACUGGCACCCACUUAUAGAGUGGGUCGGACAGGGAACCACAGGGAACGGGAGCCAAGGAGGAUCAACCAACUCUCUGAAGGCACUGCCAUCACCGUGA